UCACACACCCCUCCCCCUCCCGUGUCUCCGGUAAUCCUCCGCUCUCUCUCGGUGCGGUCGUCAUGGCGGAAAUCAAAACGGGAAUCUUCGCUAAGAACGUGCAGAAGCGCCUGAACCGAGCCCAGGAGAAGGUUCUGCAGAAGUUGGGAAAAGCAGACGAGACCAAAGAUGAGCAGUUUGAACAGGUGGUCAUCAACUUCCGGAGGCAGGAGUCUGAAGGUUCUCGGCUGCAGAGGGAGAUGAAGGCCUACAUGUCUGCCGUUAAAGGGAUGCAGCAAGCAUCCAUCAACCUGACUCAGUCUCUGCACGAAGUCUAUGAACCCGACUGGCAUGGAAAGGAUGACGUCCUGACCAUCGGGAAGGACUGUGAUGCAUUGUGGGAAGACUUCCACAACAAGCUGGUGGACUCGACACUACUAAACCUGGAUGCAUACCUGCAGCAGUUUCCAGAUCUCAAGACCCGUGUCGCCAAAAGAAGCCGCAAACUCAUUGACUAUGACAGUGCCCGACACCACAUGGAAACCAUGCAGACGUCUGGGAUGAAGAAUGACCGCAAGAUGAUGAAAGCAGAGGAGGAGCUCAAAAAGGCACAGAAGGUGUUUGAUGAGUUGAAUACAGGUCUACAGGAUGAACUGCCAACUCUUUGGGAUCGCCGAGUCGGCUUCUACAUCAGCACCUUCAAGAGUGUAACGAGUCUUGAAGCAAAGUUUCAUCGUGAGAUCUCACUGGUGUGCAGAGAACUGUACGAAGUGAUGACAAAACUGGGAGAGCAGCACUCUGACAAGAUAUUCACCAUCCAAGGGGCUCCGAGUGAUUCAGGACCUCUACGACUCGCGAGAACCCCAUCACCACCAGAAGACGAGAGUCCGCCUGAUAGUCCAGAUCUCAGCACCAAUCAUAUGCUCCGUCCCAUCUCACCUGGACCGCCUCGACCCAAAUCUCCAACACAGCUUAAAAAGGGGCCACCGGUGCCUCCUCCACCAAAGGUCACACCAACCAAGGAGGUGGCAGAGGAACAGAUCAUCGACCUCUUUGGUGGAGAAUUUUUACCUGCUCCUUCGCCAUCACAGCCCAAUGAACGGCCCGGCGAAUCUCUUCUUGACCUGGACUUUGAUGCUUUUCAACCAGAUGAAAGCGUUUCACCAGUACCACAGACUGCUGUACCAUGGGACAUGUGGUCGGCGAAUACUCAAGCUGCUCAGCCUCAGGCUGCAGAUACCGGCUUUGUCGCUGACUGGUCUGCUGAUUUUGGUUCAGUGUCAGCCAACGGAGAAGAUGCUUCAGGAGCUGAGGAACCUGCUAUCCAUGGGGGUCCGACUGUGGGGCAGGAAGGGGCACAAGAAGGGGCGCAGGGUGAGACUCGGGGCUGGCCCCAGGGAGAAGGGAUUCAGCCAGGUGGAGAAUCAACAGCAAUCACCCAGGACAGUGAAAUCACACCAGCUGAAGAUGAGGUUAGCAGCUGGGAAUCUCAACCUAACUCCAACCUUCAUUCCUCCCUGUGCUGUGGAGAGGAUGAUAGUACAGGGCAGGCAGAUUCAGGGGCAGAUGAAUCAAGGAAGGAAGAUCGCAGGAAGUCUACCCCGGGACUUAUAUUCACCAAUGAGUAUGGUGAACAAAUUGAGGAAAUUGCAGAGGACAGAGAAGACAAGUGGUCCAGGUCUCCUGAAGGGUCAGGAUCUGAAUAUGAAACUGCUGAGGAGUGGGGUGAUGGUGGUCAGGGAGGAGGCUGGGCAAGUGCUGAUGAUGAGCUUUCAUAUGAUGAUCGAACCCAAGAGAAGAGCCAGAAGGUUCAGGCAGGUGGAGCUGUCCCAGGAGAUUGUCCUCAAACAAGAGAAGAAGUUUCAGAUUGUUCUAGUAUUGCAGCCAAAAGAAACAGAAAUAAUUCAUCCGAAGAAGUGCCAGAGAGACCAGAUGUUUAUCAAGAUCACUGUGAAACUGAAGGAGAAAUAGAUGAAAGAGUUUAUUUCUCUGAAACACAGGGAGGUGCGUUUGAUUCAGAUCCUUUUGCAGAAACUCAGGUAGGAGGUGCGUUUGAUUCCGAUACUUUUGCAGAAACUCAGGUAGGAGGUGCGUUUGAUUCCGAUCCUUUUGCAGAAACACACGGAGGAGGUGCGUUUGAUUCAGAUCUUAUUGCAGAAACACAGGGAGGAGGUGCGUUUGAUUCCGAUCCUUUUGCAGAAACUCAGGUAGGAGGUGCGUUUGAUUCCGAUCCUUUUGCAGAAACACACGGAGGAGGUGCGUUUGAUUCAGAUCUUAUUGCAGAAACUCAGGGAGGAGGUGCGUUUGAUUCAGAUCCUUUUGCAGAAACUCAGGGAGGAGGUGCGUUUGAUUCCGAUCCUUUUGCAGAAACUCAGGUAGGAGGUGUGUUUGAUUCCGAUCCUUUUGCAGAAACACAGGGAGGAGGUGCGUUUGAUUCAGAUCCUUUUGCAGAAACUCAGGUAGGAGGUGCGUUUGAUUCAGAUCUUAUUGCAGAAACUCAGGUAGGAGGUGCGUUUGAUUCAGAUCUUAUUGCAGAAACUCAGGGAGGAGGUGCGUUUGAUUCAGAUCUUAUUGCAGAAACUCAGGGAGGAGGUGCGUUUGAUUCCGAUCCUUUUGCAGAAACACACGGAGGAGGUGCGUUUGAUUCAGAUCUUAUUGCAGAAACACAGGGAGGAGGUGCGUUUGAUUCAGAUCUUAUUGCAGAAACACAGGGAGGAGGUGCGUUUGAUUCCGAUCCUUUUGCAGAAACUCAGGGAGGAGGUGCGUUUGAUUCCGAUCCUUUUGCACAAACCCAGGUAGGAGGUGCGUUUGAUUCCGAUCCUUUUGCAGAAACACAGGGAGGAGGUGCGUUUGAUUCCGAUCCUUUUGCACAAACCCAGGUAGGAGGUGCGCUUGAUUCCGAUCCUUUUGCAGAAACACAGGGAGGAGGUGCGUUUGAUUCCGAUCCUUUUGCACAAACCCAGGUAGGAGGUGCGUUUGAUUCCGAUCCUUUUGCAGAAACACAGGGAGGAGGUGCGUUUGAUUCUGAUCCUUUUGAAGAAAAACAGGGAGGAGAUGCGUUUGAUUCAGAUCCUUUUGCACAAUCACAUUGUGGAGACAAAAGGGGUGGUUUUGAAUUUGAUCCAUUUGCUGAGACUUCAAAGAAAGCUGAGGUUGUGUUAACUGGGGAUAGAAAGAGUGGGUGGGAUUUUGCCAACAGUUUCCCAGCCAUCUCUUCAGGGACCGGGGCUCCUGCUUCCAGCACUACCUCCUGGCAGGAAGGUAGUGGCAGCAAAAAUUCUGCAUCCAUCUGUGGAACAGCAGCAGCAGGAAAUAAAGAAGUAAACAAUCCCAGAAUUCACAAAGAACCAGAAAAUUCAGACAUGUCCGAAGAUGAGGCGGCAAACCGGAGAUUUGGAAAGUUGUACCAAGAGCUAGAUACAGAAAAGGAAGAGGUGGCCAAUACAUUUAAUGGAUUUUCACAGGAUCCAUCAUUUUUCGCAGAUUUUGAUAAGAUGAAUGAAGGAAACAGUGAAUCAAAUGAAGCUCUGGAAGCUGCAGAGGCCCAAACUGCAGGCUCAAGAGAGCCUGCAGCAGAAGACAAACCUCCAUCUCUCACUACUGGAGGAGAGCAAGAUGAGUGCCCACCUCUUUUUGCUGGAGAGGAACCUGUAUCUUCAACUGCAGGAGCAGAGAUGGAGGAACCUCCAGCUCCCCCUGCUGGUGAGGUGGAAGAAUCUGGAGCUGCUCCAGCUGGUCAGGACGAUACAGACACACGUUCAGACAGCCCGAAGGAGGAAAAGCCUGCUUCAACAGUGGUAUCUCCAGGCUCAGAACAGGCAGAGGUCAGUGAGAUUCCUCCUGCUGAACAGGCCAAAACUUCUCCCAGUGAAGCGGCUCCAUCGGAAAAUAUGCCAAUCCCUUCUGUUGUGAUUGAGCCUGCCUCAAGUAAUGAAGGCGAUGAUGACCGAGAUGCUGACAUCAUCUCUCCCACUGCAAUCAGUGACAAUGGGGUGACAACUGAAAACCAGAACAUCAAGCAUAUCAGUCCUUCUGGGGGAACGUCUGGACUUCCUGAUGAUUUCCUUUACAAGGUGGAGACCAUGCACGACUUUGAGGCUGCAAAUUCAGAUGAACUUGAUCUGAAGAGAGGCGAUGUGGUUUUGGUGGUUCCCACUGCCUCAGUGGAAGAUCAGGAUGCCGGCUGGCUCACAGGGAUCAAGGAAAGCGACUGGUUAGCAUUUGGAGCUGGUGCUCAAAAAGGACUUUUCCCAGAAAACUUUACUCAACAUUUGGAGUAAGAUGUUCCCUGACAUGGCAAAAUGAUAAGUAGAAACAUGAGUAAUCUGUGUCCCAGCCAUUGAAUCAGCAUGUAGCCAUUCCUUUUCUUGUAAGUUGUACCUGCUGCAGCUGUCUGCUGGACAACAAUAAAGUUUCUCUGGCAGGUGAAACUACUAAAAUGAAAUGUUAUUGUUAAAAAAGAAGAAGAGAGAGAGUAGUACUCUUCCCAGUUCCCCUGAUGAUUUAAGCAUGGUGUGGUAGUAUGUUCCACCCUCCUGUGGAAGUAAGAUAUGCCUUUUGUUUAAAUAGAAAUCAUAUAUAAAACAAUAAUAACUCAACAACAAAAAGCUUGAAGUGACUUCAGGUGAAAACAAAGGAAAAAGAUAAACUAUCUUUGCACUAAGUGUGUGGUAAUCAUUUUGUUUUGCUAUGAAAGGCUACAGAAACUUUAAUGCUGUGAUUUGUUUUUGAGUGCAACAUGAAACUCGGGUUUCUUUUUUCUGACACGUUGUAACUGUAACUCUUGAAUCACUGUUGAUGUUUUCUGUGUUAUCAUUAUUGGGUGUGUGGUGAUUGAUCUUUCAUUUGUAAUAUGUGUUGAUGAACUAACUCACUGGCCAGUGUUGCUUUGGUUCUGCUAAGGGGAUACUGAUGUUUAUUGUCUGGGUUUUGGCACACACAGUAGUGCAAAUGCUGCAUGAAAAUCCUAAAUAUUCAAAGUACAUAUACUAAAGAUGAAAAUAAAGAAUUUCUUGUGUGUUACGCAUAGAUUUGUGUAUGGCAUAUCAUCUGUAAAUUUGGUUACAAGAAAAAAAAAAAGCAAAUAAGGAAAAUUUUUGUCAGCGGUUUAAGUGUUUCAUCAAAUACAAGGUAUUAACAAACCAGUCUGCAAUUAUUUUUUUAGGCUUCAGAAAAAUUACCCUUAUACUCCAGAAAAUUUAAACCUUCAUCAAACUGGUUUUGAUAGCCAGGUGAAGCCUCCCAGUAGACCUUUAUGUGAUGCACACAGCCUUGAGAUAAUAUUGGUGUAAUGAAUUAAAUAGUAAGUUCCAUGUUUGAUAUUGUGUAUGGUUCUAUGGUAAUAAAAUAAAUAAUAAAACAUUAA